CUCGCACUGUCCACUUCCACUGGAAAACAGGGAGAGAAGUCGCAGGAGUCGGAUUAACCCAGUGAGGAUCGGUUUUUGAAGAGGGGGGGACAUGAAACACUCCGAUCUGCUCCUGCUGACAUGUUGCCUGUGCAGCCUGGGCACAUUGGGAGGCGCCUCGGAGAUGGAGCAGGUUCUGAUGAAGAAGGUCUUCACCAACUACAACCGCAUGGUCCGGCCAGCCCCCACCCCGGAACAGAGGGUGGUGGUCCGCGUGGGUAUGGUCCUGUCCUCCUUCGUUGGACUGAAUAUGAAGAAUGAAGAAAUGAGCACGGUCGUUGUCAUGAACCUGGAAUGGACAGAUCAUCGGUUGUCCUGGAAACCAAAGGAGCAUGAUGGGAUUGAGGUGUUGCGGAUCCCCGCUCUGAAGGUUUGGCUGCCGGACAUCGUCCUCAUCAACAAUAAUGACGGCGUGUUUCAUGUGGCCCUGGAAGUCGCCAUCCAGGCAUACAGUAACGGCAGAAUAACCUGGACUCCCCCUGCACUGUACUGCAGCUCCUGUGGAGUUAAGGUGGCAUUGUUCCCUUUCGACUGGCAGAACUGCACCAUGCAGUUCCGCUCCUACACGUACGACUCGACGGAGAUCGACCUGCAGUACGCGCUGGACUCAAAGGGCAAAGAGAUACGGGAGAUCCUGCUGGACGACGGCUACACCGAGGGCGGCGAGUGGCACAUCAAGCACAAGCCGGCAAGGAAGGUGGUGAGUGACGACAUGUACGAGGACAUGGUCUUCUACAUGAUCAUCGAGAGGAAGCCUCUGUACUACGUCCUGAACAUCAUCCUCCCCUGCAUCCUCAUCACCAUCAUCGCCAUCUUUAACUUCUACCUGCCGCCUGAUGCAGGUGAGAAGAUGGGUCUGUCAAUCAACGUGCUGCUGACCCUCACCGUCUUCCUGCUGCUGCUGGCUGAUAAGAUCCCAGAGACGUCCUUGGGCGUCCCCAUCAUCGUGAACUACAUCAUGUUCACCAUGAUCCUCGUCACCUUCUCCGUCAUCCUCGGUGUGGUCGUCCUCAACCUGCAUCACCGCUCCUCCAACACCCACACGAUGCCCAUGUGGGUCCGUAAGAUCUUCAUCCACAUGCUUCCUCCCUACCUUCGCAUGCUGCGGCCUAAAGUGGAGACCCCCCUGUACCUGGAGAACCUGCCCCGCCGGGAGAAACCCAAGAUGGCCAUCAGCAAAGUGGCCGAUGAAUACUUCAUCCGCAAACCAGACUCGUCCAUCUUGUUCCCUAAGCCCCACAGGUUUCAGCCAGAGGGCAUGUGCACGGACCUGAGGAAGUUUAUCAACGGCCCCAGUAGCUACCUUUCAUUACCGGAUGAGCUGAAGUCAGCCAUAGAAGCAAUCACAUAUAUCGCGGAGACCCUACAGGCUGCGAAAGACGACGAGGCUUUGAAGGAGGACUGGCAGUACGUAGCCAUGGUGGUGGACCGCAUGUUCCUCUGGCUCUUUGUCAUCAUCACCACCGUGGGAACCUUGGCCAUCUUCUCCGACGCCAAAUUCAACCACACGCCCAAUGACCCUUUUCCAGUCCACCUGAAUCACUGAAACGUUUGAGUUUCUUCAGCCAUCUUCUCCUUGAUGUACCUCCUUUACAAAACAAGGGAAAUGAGACAUUGUUGUACUUCCAGUGAUUCUCUCUGUGUAGUUCAUCAUUGUGCCCUCUGCACUUCACAUUGCCUAUUUAGCUUCUAAGGUAUCUGCAAAAUGACCUCACAGUGUUUCUCUUGUUCAUUUGAAUGUAGCAUAGACAAAACAGAUGAAGUACAUAUUGACUAUAUACAGUACAACAAAACCAACAGAGGGUAGAAACUUGUCGUGUCUCAAAUUAGAAACUUCACUCAGUACAUAUAUGUGUAGUACACGUGUCCACAGUAUACUCACUAACAUUGUUCGUACACAUUGACUGGUUGUCUCAAAUCAGACCAUAGAGGGUCUGUAAGGAUGUACGACAUGACGGCUCCCUAAGUAUGGGUCAAAAAUCGUGCCUCCUCCAUGUUACUGGAUGGGACAUGGGUCAAACUAUACAUAUAUAUAAAAAUGAUGUACCUGAUAACAUUUUUAUGAAUUACUCCUAUACAAAAGGCAUGUUGUCAAUGUGCAAGUAGGUGCAAAUGAAUGGACCUCUUCAGGUUUCUUGGCUGAAUAAGCAACUGUGCACAAAAACAUGAAAAUGUUGCGUUCUCGACAUUGAUAAUUUAAACCAGCAAAAAAUGCCGUGCACGUCCAAUAGCAUCUAUUAGCCUGUUGCAUGAGAUAUAACUAUACGGAGCCAACGCUACAAAUGGCCGUCAUGUAGAAAUAUUUAUCGGAUUUGCUGGUGACUUUUUCAGGGCGUUACUUUCAGUAGGUCUGAAGAGUGUGAAUCCUGCGUUGGCCACUCAUAAAUAGUGUUAACGCAUAAACACCGAGACCAACCAGAUGCUAUAAUGAGCGAGCUGUGUGCCUUUCAUUUCCCCGUGUCAGAAUGUGCCGGAGCGUGGCACAUGCUCCGUGGAUAUUUUGGCCACUGAAGUAAUCCUCUUUGUAUUUUCGGCAGCGGUGUGCUUGUGUGUGAGUGCGGAGCAGCACGCUAACUCAAUUCACCGGUCGCACCGUUGGCCUCUGGAAUUCCCAUCAUGCUCGAGACCUGUGCCACACGUCCCUGUGCUGAUUCUCUCACAUCACACAAACACACACCUGCCUUUUUAAUCUUCUGCUUUCAUUUUUGUUUGUGUGUGUUUCUUUUUUUUUUAAAUAAAGAUCUGAGGGGAGGAUAUUAA